GGUGAGCGCCAUUUCUAAUCUUCCCGUUGGAAGAAGGGGCGGUGGAACGAGCGAGUGUGGCGGGUUGGUUUGAAAUUUACUUAGGCAAUCCGCAAUGGCGGGCAGGUUAGCCAUUGGUUCCGCUCACUUUUCUGAAACUCGAUCAAGUGUGGGCCCAUGGCCUCCGAAAAGAACCAUCUGAGGGUCUUUUGAAAUCCAGAUUCCAAGUGCUUGUCUGACGACGGACAGACAACACGAACGCAAGAGCGACGACUGCCGAUCCAAGGCUGGCAAUGGCGCUCUCCUUGCACUUGCUUGCCACACAUCGUCACAGCAAAGCGUGUUGAUUGUAUCGUUGGUCUAUUAGUACUCAUCAUCAUCAUCACCAUGUCUCCUCCUGUAACCACCUAUUGGCGCCUUGCCGGCAUGUCUUAUCUUCAAUACGUGAAUAAGGCAGCCAGCACAAUGCGAGGUGCUCUCAAGGAACCCGCAAAGACCAAGGCCAUGGCACAAGAAGCCUUCCAAUACAACACAUCCGUCUGGUCCGGUGGAGUUCAAGGAGCCAAGACUCCAGUCACCUCUAUGGGAGCUGCAGGAAAGUAAAUCUCUCACAACCCAGGUAGAUCAGAUCAAUCAAGGAAUAUAAACUUGGCUGUGUGGAUGGAUCCAAAGUAUAGUUCAUUGGCUUCCCCAUCACUGGCAUCGCGGAUAGCUUGGCUGCUGUUAGCUUGUGAGAGCUAUGGUUGGUAGUGAGUAGUGAUGGUCAUGGGUAUCCAAAAAGUGUUGUGGAGGAUUUAAAUUUCUAACUUUCCUAUUAUUAAUAAAGACUUCUUCAUCAUCUAUCUGGUUGAGGCAUAAGUGCUUGUAUAUCAUGCUGCCUAGCUAGCUAGAUAAGAUAGCCGUGCAACUCCUCCUCCUGGUGGUGGCUUUUACUAUUACAUGCAAUGUAGUCGAUUCGAUUCCUUGCGUGGAACGGAACCAACCUCCACCUCAACUCACCGCUAUAAGGUGAUCACAAAGAACGUCCUGGCACAUGGGUCUUUCGUGUACGUUAUGCUGCCUUGCCCAAGAGACUAAACUGCUGAAAAACUACAGACAAGGAAACAGUUUGUUCUAGCUACCACUAGCUAACUAAGGUGAGAUGGAUAGAAUAUACUGUAGGUGCAGCUUUACUGUAUUUGUUACACUACUGGUAUGAUUCUUUUUGUAGAAUGCUGCAUCUUUCU